AGGAGAAUCAUACUCUGUUCGCUGGGAAUGGGAAUAUGAGAGGGUGGUCGGCAGAUGCACGUUCAAGCCCAGGAAGCACAGCGUACCGCCGUUCUUCUCAAUCGGAACGCCACUCCUCUAAAGCCCGAUUCCAAGCAUACGAAAUCCACAUACUCAUCUCCCUCUUCUUCUCGUCCUCAUACUCCUUCAGCCACUGGCCCUUCGCUUCCCAGAACCUCUUCCCCCUACCCGUCUUUCCCUCUGGCAACCACCUCUUCACGCUCCCGUCCUCCUUCUUCGAGUCCGCCUUCUGCACCUUGCCAUUGUACAGAUGCGGAUACAGCCUCGAAUGCAUCUCAUAGAUUAGGCUGGCGCGCGCCUUGUGUCCCUUCGCCGCGGGCAAGAGAUUGGUCGCCGCUUUCGAGCCCGUGCGGGUCGCCGAUGUUGCGGAUGCCAUGGUGGGUCGUGUAUCCGUUGGACCGGCGGGUGCUGUGUGUGUCGCGCUGAUGAGCCCGCCGUCCGCGCGGUGUUGCUGGUGUCGCUGGAU